GUGUCCAACAUCAAGCGAUGUGUAUUUUUUCAACAUCUACGUAGAAUUAUUUAUCCAAGUUAACACAUAAGUGUAUAGAUGUAGACCUUUCGAUUUUUUGUAUUGUUUCGUUUACCUGUCGGUCGAUUUUAAUUUAAACUAUGACCUCCUGGAGGUUGUGGUCUUUCGCAAUUGCUCUAAUUGUUUUCACGGUAACUACGUUUGCCCAGGAUGGAGGAGAAGAUGUUAAUGUCUUCGCCGAGAACAAGAGAAAAGUUGAAGAUGAAGAGGGAAUGCUCAGCGAUGCUCCAGUGAAGGGAAGAUCUAAAACCCGUAGCAGUCAAUGUCUUCGAGAACCUCCGGUGCCAAUUAAUGGGGAAAUUAAGUGUUCCGGACACAGCUUCUGUCAAGCUACUUGCAAACCGGAUUAUCAAUUUCCUAACGGAGAGACUCAAAUUCUGAUUAAGUGUAUUGAAAGAAGGUGGAAAGUCCAGGGAAUCGAUUGGACCCAUGAGAUACCUCAGUGCUUACCCAUUUGUUUGCCAGAAUGUCAGAACAAUGGCAUAUGCAUCGGUCCAAACCAAUGCAAGUGCUCGGAGAUGUUCUCCGGACCGCAGUGUCAAUUUCUUGCGAAGCCUUGCUUAAAUUUUGCGCAAAGGGUGGCCAAUGCUCACAAGAUGUGCAAUUCGAAGUUUUGCAGGGUAGAAUGUUUAAAAAACUUUGCAUUCCCUGAUGGCUCUUCCAUUGCAAUGUUACUUUGUAAAGAUGGAGAACUAAAACCGGAUAGAUCGGAUUGGAGUUCUAUUCCUGAUUGCCAGCCCGUUUGUAAACCACCUUGCCAUAAUGGAGGCAAUUGCUUACCAGGCAAUAUGUGUCAAUGUCCACAGUUGUAUCGUGGCCCCCAAUGUCAAUACUCUGCCGAUGUCUGCAAACCAGAGAACAUGGGCUUUAAUGGAAUGUAUCGAUGCAGUUCAAAUCAUGAAGCUGUAUCUUGUGUUUUGAAUUGCCCAUCCGGAGUUGAAUUUGACAGUCCAUCUGCUUCGGUUUACACAUGUCAGUAUGCGAAAGGGAUUUUUGAACCUCAACCUGUUCCUCGGUGUCAGAUCUCGCAAGAACCAAUGAAUGUUGUAUCAACAUUUUUCGAUCUCUUGCCGGCGUUAAAUAAUACCAGUGAUAUUUUCGGAUCGGCUUUUCAAGAGAGUCACCAAGGAAGCGAAUAUGUCAUUACGAAGACUUACAAUAGCUACGAUUCCAGUAUUAUGAAGAAUUAUGAAAACCUGAGCCAAUCGUACUUCCACCAGUCACAGAACGAAAUGGACCAGCACCGCGCUUUUUUAACGGACAACAAAAUAGCAGUGAUCGAGAGUAUGCAACCCGAGGCGAAGACCUGCUUCACUUGGGGCGGAGCUCAUUAUAAGACCUUCGAUGGGCAGAUCUUCAGUUUUGAGAGCGACUGUGCCCAUACCCUGGUACAGGAAACGCAGGACGGCGCCUUCACGAUAGCAAUUAGAAAUAGUCCUGGAUGCAAAGAGGAGGCGCAGGGACCCUGCUUCAGGACGCUUCGAAUAUUUAUCCAAGGGAAGGAAUACACCCUCGGAUUGGAUGACCGUGGAGUGGUCGAAUUUCAUCGGGGAACGAAAAAGCUCCCCGUUCCGGUGCAGCUCCCGAGUCUUCGGGUCGAGACUUCGGCUCACUUCGUCGUCGCUCGGCUCGAGUCGGCCGACGUUCGGGUCACGUGGGAUGGCGCCUUGUUUCUUCAAGUCGAGGCUUCGGAACUCCUCUGGAACAAGACCGCCGGCUUAUGUGGGGUUAUGAACGGAGAUCCGAGCGACGAUUUAACCGCCAGGGAUGGAAGUCAUCCAAGGAACGUCGCCAACUUGGCGAACAGCUGGAAGAUACAAAACAUAGGCGAAUCCUGCCAGGAGUACCCCAACGUUCAACACUCUUGUCUGUCGAAUACUGACCUCGGUCAAGAGGCUUCCCGUUUCUGCUCCAGUUUACUUUCGGACAGAAAAUUUCAGAGCUGUUCGAGGAUCGUCGAUAUGAGGUUCUUGGAAAACACUUGCAUGUGGGAUUACUGUGCAUGCGAGCAAGAGGAUAGAAGAAUAUGUGCCUGCGACACCAUGCACGUCUACGUCAGACAAUGUGCUCACAGUGGAAUCGUUUCACGCUCUGGCUGGAGAAACAACGAAACGUGUCCGAUGAAGUGCACGGGAGGCCGCGUUUACAUGGCGUGCGGCCCCAGGUCGCAGCCAUCCUGCGGAGUGGACCUGAAGACGAAGAGCAACCCCGAAGAGGAGUGCGAAGAGGGCUGCUUCUGCCCCGAGGGCAAGAUGCUGCACGAGGGGAAGUGCAUCCUCCCCGAAGAGUGUCCCUGCCGACUGCGAGGGAAGUCGUUCUCCCCUGGAAAGAGCAUCCCUAAGGGCUGCAACACCUGCACAUGCACCUCCGGGAAGUGGAUCUGCACGCAGGAGAAAUGCGGCUCCAGGUGCGCCGCCGUCGGGGAUCCUCACUACGUGACCUUCGACGGGAAGCGCUUCGACUUCAUGGGGAAAUGUAGCUACCACUUGGUCAAGGGGGAGNAAUGAACAAAAUCGGAGGGGGACACCUCAGGUACCUUCCUUGCCAUGAAUCUCGAUCCAUCGAGGACGUCCGAUUCACCUGCUUGCACGAAGAGUGUUACGAUUAGGUUGAAAGAUGUGUCGAUCAAGCUGAAACAGAACCAACAGGUUUUGGUUAAUGGAGAAGAUGUCACUACUUUGCCAUUGUUUGCUGGAGGUGCCAGAAUUCGAAUUGCCAGUAGCAUAUUUUUAGUCGUUGAAUUGCCAAAUGGUUUGGACGUUUGGUGGGAUGGAUUUUCUCGCGUGUAUGUGAACGCACCUGCUGAGUUUCAUGGCAAGACCAAAGGAUUGUGUGGCACCUUCACCGAAAACCAAAAGGAUGAUUUUCUAACACCAGAUGGAGAUGUGGAACAAGCAGUUGUGCCUUUCGCAAACAAAUGGAAGACCAGCGAGCACUGCGAAGAUGCUCCGAAGAAAAUAUCAAAUCAUCCCUGCGAUACCGAUCCCCAGAAACGAACCACAGCGGAGAAGUAUUGCUCCAAACUGUUCAGCGAUCUGUUCUCAGGUUGUCACUGGCACGUCGACCCAGAACCUUAUUUCAAGGAUUGUUUGUACGACAUGUGCGCCUGCGAAAGCGACAUUUCGUUAUGUCUAUGCCCGAUUCUCUCUUCUUAUGCGAAGGACUGCGCCCAUCUUGGAGUGAAGCUGAAUUGGCGUCAGCAAGUUGACAAAUGCCAGGUCCAUUGUCCUGCAGGACAGGAGUACCAAAUUUGCGGUAACAGUUGUACAAGAUCCUGCGGGGACAUAUCCUUCCUCGAAAACUGCAGACAGGAGUGCGUGGAAGGCUGCAAUUGUCCCGAGGGACAAACACUGGAUGUCCAUGGAGAGUGUAUUCUUGUUGGACAGUGUCCUUGCGUCUACGGGGGCUUGGAAUUCCUCGCGGGAUAUCGGGAAGUCAGACCUGGAAUCAAGAGUCAGGAAUUGUGCACCUGCGCUGGAGGAAGAUGGAGCUGCCGAGCGGCGACGCCAGAAGAAGUCCGAGAGUAUCCUCCGAUGUCCGACCUAAAAUCGACGUGCAGCGCGAAAAAAAGGCAGCAAUUAACGAACUGUCUGCCGACAGAGCCUAGGACCUGUCGGAAUAUGCACGAGAUUACGAAAAGGGAGUCCCCGGCGGUCUGCAAGGCCGGCUGCGUCUGCAAACCCGGCUUCGUGCUGGACGCCCCUAGCGGCGAGUGCGUCAACGAGAAGGACUGUCCCUGCUAUCACGGAGGCCGCAGCUACAAAGAGGGCUCCUCCAUGCAGGAGGACUGCAACACCUGCGAGUGCAGGGAUGGAAGGUGGAAGUGCACCGACAGGACAUGCGCAGGUGUUUGCUCCGCGUGGGGAGACUCUCACUACAAAACCUUCGACGGAAAGAUGUACGAGUUCCAGGGGGUCUGCGAUUACGUCCUCGCGAAAGGCAGCUUGAGCAAGGACGAAUCCUUCGAGGUUUCCACGCAGAACGUGCCCUGCGGAUCGACUGGAGUUUCCUGCUCCAAGUCGAUAACUCUGAACGUUGGAAGCGGAUCCACCCAGGAGACCAUCACCCUGACCAGGGGGAAGGAACUUCCGAAGACCAACUCGAAGAGGAUCGUUACUCGCAGGGCGGGACUGUUCGUCUUCCUGGACGUCCCCGAUCUGGGUUUGGUCCUACAGUGGGACGAAGGUACCCGAGUCUACAUUAGGCUCCACCCUAAGUGGAAAACCCGAACCGCUGGUCUCUGUGGCGACUACAACGACAACAGCGAGGACGACUUCAAGACGCCCUCCGGGGGAGUCUCCGAGGCCUCCGCGAGCCUCUUCGGGGACUCCUGGAAGAAGGAGAGCCAGUGUCCCGACUCCAGGAUCGUCGAGGACACUUGUGCUCUCCAUCCCGAGAGGAGACUCUGGGCGGUCAGAGAGUGCGGGCUCCUGAAGACGUCGCUCUUCCAGGCCUGCCAUUCCGAGGUCGAAGUGGGGCCGUUCCUGCAGAGAUGCGUCUUCGACACCUGUGGAUGCGAUCAGGGAGGAGACUGCGAGUGUUUCUGCACGGCUUUGGCGGCUUACGCUCAAGAAUGCAACUCCAGAGGUGUUCCGAUCAAGUGGAGGUCCCAGAAACUCUGCCCGAUGCAGUGUGACGAAGCAUGCAGCACCUACUCACCCUGCAUCUCGACCUGUCCUCGAGAAACGUGUGAUAAUCUUUUGACCCUGAAGCACAGCUCCCAUUUGUGCUCCGAAGACUCCUGUGUCGAAGGAUGUCUACCCAAGCCAUGUCCUGACGGAGAGGUUUACUUCAGUGGAAACUACUCCGAAUGUGUUCCGAAGGCCAUUUGCAAACCAUCCUGUGCAGAAAUCAAUGGACUUAUGUAUUACGAAGGCGAUAAAGUAAACAGUGAUAAUUGUCAAGAGUGCUUCUGCAGCAGAGGGAAAAUAAUGUGCAGCGGUGAACCAUGUGCUAACGAAACGAUAACUGUCACCAUGUCGAUGGAAGAGUCUUUGAAGUGUAUCGAUGGGUGGACUUCAUGGGUAAAUCAGGACCGAUUGGUAAAGGGAAGGAAAUUACACGAUAUCGAGCCAUUGCCCACAUCAUUAGUUUUGAGCAGUUUCAGAGGAUCCGCUGUGUGCAAUCAAAGCCAGAUGGUCGAUAUCAAAUGUAGAACCGUAGAGGACCACUUAGCAUCCAAAGAAACAGGACUCGACGUUGAAUGCAGCUUGGAAAGAGGACUUUAUUGCCAGCCGGCAACUAAAGGAGGUUCCUGUCCAGACUUUGAGAUCAGCGUUCUUUGCCAAUGUGAAAAGGAAAUUACUACUCCUUAUUCAGAACCAACAAGCACUGCGAGACCUGUAUUCUGCGAUGUAGACCAUCCCAACCAAGCAGAUUCCACAGACUGCCACUCUUUUUACCAGUGCGUCCCAGGAUUAACCGGUGCAGAAUGGAUUAAAAAGUCCUGCGAAGAGAACCUGAUGUACAAUUCUAUCCUGCAAAUUUGUGAUUGGCCUCAGAAUGUCAUUUCUCAGCGACCAGAGUGCUCGAAGAAGGAGACCACGCAGUCUCCUACAGCAGUUGAAGCUACAACCAAGAAAACAGACAAGUGCAGGAUUGGCGAGGAAUGGAACGAAUGUGUCAUUCAAUGUAGCAGAACAUGCAGUUAUUAUCAGCAUGAAUUACAACUCCGGGGUCAUUGUAACGGAGGCAGUGAUUGCAUUCCAGGAUGUGUUUUGCCUGGCAAGCCUUCAUGUCCAGCUGGGAAGUUUUGGAGAGAUCUGCAGACUUGUGUCGAUGCUUCGGACUGCAUUUGCAAAUCUCACAAUGGAAAGUUAGUAAAACCUGGGGUCGUCAUAAAGGAAUCCGAAUGCGAGACCUGUCAAUGUCUGAACAACCAUUACACGUGUGAUAAAUCGUCUUGUUUCACUACAAGUCACACUGAAUCUACGAAAAUAAAAAUGUUCACCACCGAAGCAAGUACAGUCCAGAACCCUACGGAGUCUCAGAAAAUAGAAACUACAAGCGAACCAUCGAAACCUUUGGAAUAUGAAACACAGCCCACAGUGCCUAGCCCAAUCACUGAUUACACAAUAGUCGUCUCAACUUCUGUUUCGCCUGCUGAAGAAUGUGAUCGAAAGGACUUUGUACGUCUUAUGGAUCAAAUAGGCUUCGAAGAGAUUUCUUUCAAUGCCAGCAGCAUAAAAGGUCCUCUUUUCGACGCCAAAGAAGCAAUUUUAAACAACAAAGCUUCGGAAUGGUCUGGCGGCAGUUGGGAGCCAAAAGAUAUGGACGCAGAACAAUGGUUAGAAAUCCAGUUUCCAAGACCUGAGCCGAUUUAUGGAAUCAUUCUACAAGGCAGUCCAUGGGAAGACAAAUUUAUAACAAGCUAUAAAGUACUAUUUUCUGAGGAUGGUCAUGCGUUUUCAUUUAUUCCGAAUGAAAAAGGAGAACCUGCUGUAUUUCAAGGCUCGAUAGAUAGAUCGACUCCAAUUGAGCAGAUCUUCUAUAAACCCAUCGAAGCGAGAGUUAUCAGAAUCAAUCCACAAACUUGGCACAAGGAAAUCGCUGUUAGAUUGGAUUUGAUUGGAUGUCGACAGGUUACGACAAUAUCUACCGAAGCUACUCAUGGUCCCGUAGUCACAGAACAUCCAGAAUACUUCACUACAAGUGUUCCAAUAUUCACAGAAGAAACUGUGACUCCAGUCUGUGAUGAUUUGAUGGGAGUGGAUGAUGGAAUAAUGUCCGAUGAGCAAAUAACAGCAUCAUCGACUUUGGAACAUUUGCUUCCGGGUGUUCGAAUAACCUCUCCAGGAAUUUGGCAACCAAAACUGGACAGUCCCGGUCAAUUCAUUCAAUUCGACUUUUUGGAUCUUCGUAAUUUAACUGGAAUUGAAACAAGAGGUCAUAAUAAUAUUUGGACGACCGUUUACAAAGUGUUUUACAGCAACGAUGGUCACCAGUGGAGUCCAGUAGUAUCGCAAGAUGGAACGGAGAAGGAAUUUCUGGGAAAUUAUGACGAUGUCAAUUCAAAAGUCAACUACUUUGAGAGACCAUUGCAUGCCAGAUUCCUGAAAGUUCAACCUACAAAGUGGCACGAGCAUAUUGGACUUAAAGUUGAAGUCCGAGGCUGCUUCUUGCCAUAUCCUAAACUGAAGACUAUUUACGAAGAAAUUAAAAUUACGACACCGACGUCGCUUUCUAAAUGCAAUGUUUGUGAAGGAAUUUCUAGUAUCGAAGAAAAUUGCAAGUGCGAAGGUUUGAAAUGGUGGGAUGGAGAAAACUGUGUUGAUAAGCAGGAAUGCCCCUGCAUGGUUGGACAUAUGCCAUAUCCAGUUGGUGCGACAUAUGAGACAGAGGACUGCCAGGAGUGCAAGUGUGCCAUCGGAGGGACUCCUCUUUGCCAUCCGAAGAAAUGUGAACCCUGCGAAGAAGGUCUGCAGUCCGUAGCGAAUGAACUCUGCAGUUGCAUCUGCAAAGCCUGCCCUGAAAAUACGAAGCUCUGCCCGACUAGCAAUGUUUGUAUCGACGAAGCUCUGUGGUGCAACGGAGUACAGGAUUGCCCCGAUGAUGAGAGAAAUUGCCCUCCGGAGGUCACAGCGACUGAAAAGGAAAUCACCAAAACUGUUGUGACGACGACCACUGUAACAGAAAAGCGUCGUACGCGUUGCGUGAAGCCCGAGUGUCCUCCGGGAUAUAGGGUCGUGAAGAAACGUUCAUUUUGGAGUUCCAAGGGAGGAAACUACAGGAAAAGCUACGCUAACCACGUAAAGGGAGGUACAAAGGGCGGCAAUGUCAAAAGCAUGCCGGCUAGGAAAGGACAAAGUCAAAAAUUGGAGGUCUUCGAUCGUCCCGAUAGAGUCGAGGAGGUUUCCUCGGAGGUUUCCUCGGAGGUGGAGUGUCCCGAAUUCACCUGCCAGACCACCAAACCUCCUCCGAAAUUCGAAUGGGAGAAGGAGAAGACGAAAUGCCCGGAUGUAGUAUGUCCGCCGAGCUACAGGGUGGUCUUCCAGAAGAUGAGCAUCUACAAAUUGGAACCUUGCCCGAGGUACACCUGCAAGCCCGAGGAUCCCGUCGAGGCCGUCUGCAACGUCACCGGGAGAACCUUCAACACCUUCGACAACUUGGAAUAUAAAUACGACAUCUGCAAUCACAUCCUGGCUCGCGACAUGGACGACAACAAGUGGUUUAUCACGAUGGAGAAGCGAUGCGAGAGAUUGGACACGCCGUGCCAGAAGGUGCUGGUGAUAACGAUCGGGGACCACGUGAUCGUCCUGUACCCGGACAUGCACGCGGAUAUCGACGAACACACGUUCACCAGGAGUCAAGUGAAGCGCAUCGGGGACAAGAACGACCUCUUCGGCAUCUCGUGUCUGGGCGACGCUCUGCGCUUCGCCUCGCCUCGGUUUGGAUUCUGGAUCAUCUGGGACGAGAACGCCAACGCCAAGAUCGGCGUCAGCAGGAAGCUCGCGGGCCACGUCGACGGACUUUGCGGAUAUUUCGAUGGGUACUCUUCGAACGACCGGCAGAUGGCGGAUGGGUCUCGGGCGAGGAGCACCGUCGAUUUUGGGAACAGCUGGGCGAUGGAUGGCGCACCUGAGUGCGAGUCGCAGGUCUGUCCUCGUCAUACUCAAGAAAUGGCGUGGGAGAUCUGCAACGCCGUGAAAGAAAGAUCCUUGGCGGUCUGCGAUGGCAUCGUGGACGUUAAGAAAUUCGUCUCCCGUUGCUUGGAAAACGCGUGCACCUGUUUGCAGUCUAAUUCUUCGACCACGGAUUGUAGAUGUCGCACCUUGACUUCUUUCGUCACCGAGUGCCAAGCUGCGGAUCAAAACGUGGAUCUGACUUCUUGGCGAAGCGUUCACGAUUGUCCUGCUCGAUGUCCUUCGCCUUUCGUGCACAAGGAUUGCUUCAGGAACAAGUGUGAGAUCAGCUGCGACAACUUGAGAGAAGCCGAGCCGUGUCCCUUGACGAGGGGAGUCUGCUUUUCUGGUUGUUUCUGUCCCGAUGGAACCGUCAGAAAUGGCGAGGAGUGCGUCAGACCUGCCGAAUGCAGAGAUUGCACCUGCAACGGCCUCGGAAACUCGAGAUUCGUCAACUUCGACGGUGGUAACUUUACUUUCCAUGGGAAUUGUACUUACGUGUUGUCAAGAGACAUCGUUCAAGAUGUCAAGGGAACACCGGCGAAGCACGCUUACGAGAUUUUGGUGAGCAGCGUCCCUUGUGAAAAAGGAAUAUGCACCGAAGCUGUGACUGUUUUGUUUCGAUCACAAUUUGUUCAAGUCAGAAGGGGAACAGGAGAGCACAUUAAGGACUUGGUGGUGAUCGUAGAUGGUUCAUCGAUCGAAGAACUUCCCUGGAGAGCUCCUUGGUUGGCCAUCGAUGAGACUCCUGGAAAAGACAUUACGUUGCUUUUACCAGGCGUGCAAUUGCAAAUCAUUUGUUUCCGGCAUAAUUUCGCAUUUACAGUGAGACUUCCUUCGCACACUUUUGGAGGUGCAAUGGAGGGACUCUGCGGUGACUGCAAUGGAAGUCCCACCAAUGACUUCAGGAAAGUGGACGGAGAGGUUACAAGCGACGUCAACGAAUUUGGAUCGAGUUGGAUGGCGACGGAGAUACCGCCCGCCUUAAAUUUGAACCAAACGCAGUGCGGAAGUGCACCGGAGGAAAAAUGUAAACCACUGCAAGAAGGUCAGGACGGAUGCGAAAGACUGCUGGACCCGUCGAUAUUCGGAAAAUGCCACCAAUUAGUGGACCCCACGCCCUUCCUGGCAACUUGCAGAGGUACUCUGUGCACCGGAGGCGACCUCUGCGACGACCUUGACGCGUAUGCGAGAAGUUGCAGGCAAGCCGGACUCUGUCCCGAUUGGAGAACCUCGGACUUGUGUCCUUACAAUUGUCCUACACACUUGCAGUAUCAUUAUUGUCGACCCAGCUGCAAGGAGACUUGCAGUAACGUUGAAGAACAGAAACCGUGUCCCUUGGACCUCACCGAAGGAUGUUUCUGCCCCGAAGGAGAGGUUGUGCACAAUGGAACAUGCUUGUCGAAGAAGAAAUGCCUAGCCUGCGAUGAUGAAGGCCAUGUGGAAGGCGACGUCUGGCACCCUGACAAGUGCACUAGUUGCAGCUGCAAAAGGAAAUCAGUGAUCUGCGAGAAAAUUGAGUGUCCAGCUAAAGAAACGAUCUGCAAUGAACGCUCCACGCCUGUGCUUGCUCCAGGAUCUGACGAACAGUGCUGUGCCAGUUACAUUUGUGUUCCAGAACCGAUAACUGUCUCUCCGUUGUGCAAGGAACCUCAACAACCAGCCUGUGGAUACGGACAAGUUAUGAAGCUGACAACAGACUCCGAUGGCUGCCAGAAAUUUAUAUGUCAAUGCCUUCCUGCCGAUGACUGUCCACCUGUGGAUGAGAUCGGACAGGAAGUCACCCUAGAAGUGAACAACCUCGAGCCAGGUUACGUGAGAGCAAUCAAUCGGUCUGGAUGUUGUCCACAAGUGGUAAAUCUGUGCAAACCUGAAACUUGUCCACAAGCUCCGAACUGUCCCAAAUUUUAUAACCUAAAAAAGAGAGAAGAAGCAAACUCUUGCUGUCCUCGCUACGAGUGUGAACCUCCGAAAGACAUUUGCAUUUACAAUAUAGUUUCUGGAAAUGCACUGACGAGCAUAGAGAAUGUCACGGCCAAGAGAAUCGGGGAACGCUGGAAAGACGGAAAUUGUAAAACUUGUGUUUGCGAAGACUCCGGUGAAGGUCCUGUACCUAGAUGCUUGAUCACUGAUUGUCCUCGAAUAGAAGAUCAUCCGAAUAUCGAUGAUUUUGUGCUCGAAGAAGUCAUUUUGGAUGAUCAGUGCUGCUCAAGUUACAAUCGUGUCGCCUGCAAAGAACAAGGAACAGUUUAUAACGUCGGAGACACAUGGCAUCCCAAUCCACAUGAUGUCUGCAUAUCUAUCGAAUGCAAAAAUGAUACAGGAAUAGUAUCGAAGAAGAUUAUCACUCAUGAAUGCAGUACUUCCUGUGAAAAGGGCUACGAAUACAAACCAUCGGUUGAUAAAAGGAACAAAUGCUGUGGAGAGUGCAUUGCUGUUAGCUGCAUCUUCAAAGAUGAAGUUAAAGCAAUCGGUGAAUCCUGGCAGUCCGAUGACUUCUGUGUUAAUUAUUCCUGCCUGACGGACAAUGGAGUUUUACACGUGCAAAGUUCCACCCAAACAUGUCCGGAGGUAGAACCUGAGAUCGAAGCACAGUUCGAGAUGGAACGAAGAUCAAUUCCAGGAAAAUGCUGUCCUGAAUUUGUGAAAACAGCGUGUCGACACAAUGGGAAACUUUUCCUUCCUGGAGAAUCUUGGAAACUACCCAACGACAGUUGUGUAACAGAAAGUUGUAUCAAGGGAGUCAACGGUCUCUCGAAAGUGCAGGAGGUUAAGACCUGUUCCGAAGAGUGUCCAUUGGGUUGGGAGUACCAGAAACCAGUUCAGUCCGAAGAAUGUUGUGGAAUGUGCAAACAGGCAUUCUGCGUAGUCGAAGGAGUUCUGUACAAACCUGAAUCUUCCUGGACAUCCGAAGACAAUUGCACCACCUUUUCGUGUAAACAGCAAGACGGUCAAUUGGCAAUAAGUAGCAGCUCUCCGACAUGCUCCGAUGUGACCGAUUGCCCUCCAAAGGCUAUUUUCAACGAUGGCUGCUGCAAGAGGUGUAACAUGACCAUCCUCGACCAGAAACUGAAUUGUGCUGCCGAAGUAUUGGAGCCUAUCGGCACAAUUGGUAUUCUUAUGGAGAGACGAGGCACCCAUGGUUGGUGUAAAAAUGUGGAGCCCAUCGAAGGCUUUACGGAAUGUCAAGGCACUUGCGCUUCUACGUCACACUUUAACAUGGUCCAUGGGCGUCAAGAAAUCGAAUGCAAAUGUUGCAAACCGGUGGACUACAUGCCCAUUGUCGUAAGGUUGGUCUGCGAGGAUGGAAAUAUCGUUUCUAAACGCAUAAUAGUGCCGACUGGAUGCUCCUGUGACUCGUGUGGUGCUACAAAACAGUAUAUUAAAGGCCGUUAAUAAUUAAUUUCGAUAUAUGUUCGUACCAUAUGCAUUAACGGCGAAUCAUGUAACGCGAAUAUAAAAUGUAGGUGUAGUACUUUAAGGUAGUUUAGUAGAUACGUAAGUCUUGCGUGAUGUUACGAAUAUUUUUUAUAAUUUUAUAUCGAUUGUACUCACAUACUCAUGAAUUUAAAAAUACAUGAGUUUUGUCUAUUAAUUCUCAGUGGAAUUAUUUGUAUUGCGAAGAUUCGCACACAUUAUGCCGGGGUGCAUCGCAACGCAUCGCAUUUCAAAAACCCGCAUUGGAUCGAUUUUAUAGAUUUUAUAUGGAUCAUCGCAUAUUAUAGACGAAAUAUUGUGAUGCAUUGCCCCGGUUGUGAUGUGUGCAAGCGUCACAAGAGGGUUUCGAUGCCGGAGUCUCUCUGUCAAUUGCUAGCGAUAAGAUGUUUUUGUUAUAAUAAAAUGUGUACAAUUUACCCGGUAGACGUACUCGGAGGAUAAAAUGAUUUGGUUAAAAUUACUAUAGUGACAUGGUUAAAAUACUGUGGGAAGUAAAAGCACAUAAAUGAGAAAAUUGACCACAUGGAAUGGGAAAUGUAACCUUGCGAAUAGGUACUGUAUCCAUGGCGCAGCACCUGAAAGGUGCAAGGGUGAUCACCAUUUGGAAUAUUAAUAUUAACUACAUGAAGAGGUUACAAUACGCACAAGAAAAUGGAAGGUAUAUCUGGGAGCUGUAACCAGAUAUUAUAGGAAGGUUAUUCUAAACCUGCCUGUGUGAUUGCAGAAACACUGGUUUAUCCCAUUAGUUCCGACAACGCCGCCAGGUGGCAAAACUCUUCUCAGGCGAUGCAGCUACUCGGGUGCAUAUAAGACCCGUUACUGUACGUGCACGAUGAAAACGCAUUCAUGUCCAUCAGUGUACAAGUACAAUAAUAAUGGUACGGUUGACGACAAGGG